CAGUAAACAACAAAACAUCACUUUACUUUCUUUCUUCAGUUCAACUUAACCCUACAACCAUCUCCACUUUGCUAUCUAUCUUUGUGGACUUCUCCGCCCCACUGAUAUCACUCUCACCCUUGUGGAAAUGCGGAGGAACCUCAACUCUUGUUAAGAGAAUUGAUAGUUUGUAGCAUUAAUGGGAGGGAUACUCUCCACACGUACAAGAUCACGCUAUCCUUCUAGUUCACAUUCAUGGAGUCAUAACAGCUAUCCCCAGUCACCAUAUGCUCAACCAAGUCAAGAACAUACGGCAUACCAGCACUAUGCACCUCCACCUCAGAGCUAUGGUGAUCGAGCACAUUCUAGGAGAUUGGAGAGAAAGUAUUCAAGGAUAGAUGAUAAUUAUAAUAGCCUGGAGCAGGUUACUGAUGCCCUGGCACGUGCUGGCUUGGAGUCUUCAAAUCUUAUUGUCGGUAUUGAUUUCACAAAAAGCAAUGAGUGGACAGGUGCAAGGUCAUUCAACAGGAGAAGCCUGCAUCACAUUGGAGAUGAGCAAAAUCCCUAUGAGCAAGCAAUAUCUAUCAUUGGAAAAACAUUAUCUUCCUUUGAUGAGGAUAACUUAAUUCCCUGUUUUGGAUUUGGAGAUGCAUCAACGCAUGAUCAAGAAUUUUCAGUUUUUUUUCCGGAUGAGAGGUUUUGUAAUGGAUUUGCAGGUUUGACACAAUAUAGAGAAUUGGCCCCCCAGCUACGACUUGCAGGACCAACAUCUUUUGCCCCUAUCAUUGAAAUGGCUAUUACAAUAGUUGAGCAAAGUGGCGGCCAGUACCAUGUUUUACUUAUAAUAGCUGAGGGGCAGGUGACAAGAAGUGUUGACACUGAGCGUGGCCAACUAAGCCCGCAGGAAAAGGGAACUGUUGAAGCAAUUGUGAAAGCUAGUGAGUACCCCCUGUCCAUUAUAUUAGUUGGGGUUGGAGAUGGACCAUGGGACAUGAUGAAGGAAUUUGAUGAUAACAUCCCUGCCCGGGCAUUUGACAAUUUCCAGUUUGUGAAUUUUACAAAAAUAAUGUCAAAGAACAUGGACCGAUCCAGAAAAGAAGCAGAGUUUUCUCUUUCUGCUUUGAUGGAAAUACCUUCUCAGUAUAAAGCAACACUAGAGCUUAAUAUUUUGGGUGCUACUAGAGGGAAGGGCAUCGAUAGGGUUCCUCUUCCCCCUCCCCAGUAUGGUGCUGGUGCAGAUUCAUUCAGGAAGGGCAUCGAUAGGGUUCCUCUUCCCUCUCCCCGGUAUGGUGCUGGUGCAGAUUCAUUCAGAAACCCAGAACCUGCUCAAUCAAGCAGCACCCGUCCAAGUGCGCCUUCUUCUGAAAGACAUGAUGGCACAGCAUUUCCUGGAAGUUCUGCUUCUGAUAAUCAUCUUUGUCCCAUUUGCCUCACCGACCCUAAGGAUAUGGCCUUUAGUUGUGGACAUCAGACAUGCUGUGACUGUGGUCAAGAUCUCCAGUUAUGCCCCAUCUGUCGAAGCACCAUCCACACCAGAAUAAAGCUCUAUUAAAUGGCAUCUGCUUGCAUUAAAGAAAAACAACCGAGUGAGUGCUUGUCCCAAAAUAUUGUAUUUCUCUAUUGUCAGCACUGUAACUCCAUGUUAUGCUAUGUCUAUGGAUUACUACUUGGUGUGGAUGUGCAUAACAGAUCAGAUGGAAGGUUGUUCACAGGAUCUUUAGCCUUGUAAAUAAAGCAGUUCUGGCUGUUCAUUGCCUUUAACUAUAUAUAGUUUGAUCAGCUAUGGGAAGCCGGGUUCCAUAGCUGGCAGCCUUGAUUAUGUAGUAUUAUUGUUUGAAUUUAAGUUUACCCUGAUUAAGGUGGCGGGGACACCGGACCCGGAAAUAUAGUUCACACCCGUGCUUGAUUGUAGAUGGAGUAUAGCCGAACCUAUUAUUAUUAGGCUUAAUUUAUAUUGUUUUAUUACAUAUUUUAUUUAGCAGACCAUAAACUUAUUUA